UUUCAUUUGAAAGUGGUACAUGCAUGAUAGUACUUCCCUUCGACGCGAGACAAAACACACCUAUAAUGGACCUAAUAAAAUCAAGGCGAUAACUAUAUGCACAAAAAAGCGCGCCAACUUUCAUGGAGGCUAUAGCUAGGUAAAAAUAUACGGAGGCACAUCAUGUAUAUGUUUCUGUUUUAAUGUCGAGGAAUGGCUAUAAAAUGUCUGGGUGGACUUCAGUAAAGUAACCAAGAGGCAGGGAGGUUUUAACAGCAGCGCUUAAUAUAUUCACACUAAUGCAAAGACGUUUACAAUAGGAUGUCGCAAAACGCGUCUUCGAUUGGCUUACUUUCGCCUGUAUUCUAAAAACUCACUCACACUCAAACUCAUGCAUUGAGUGCAUGGGAGAUCUUAAUCUUCUCAUAACGUUUCCAUGGCGGUAUUUCAAGCCGAAUAGGCGCUUGAAUUCCAGUGUUUUACCUUCGAAAUAACCUUCUCAUUGACCAGCAUUAACAAAUUUAUAUGCCACACUCAGUGAGUGUGAGUAUGAGUGAGCUUUUUGAAUACAGGCGUUUAUCUCUGAGUACAAAGCGGAAUUAGUUAUUUUGUUUUAUAUGGAAUUAAAAUCGGUUAAAAUGUAUUACAAAAUGUUCCUAUAUGGUGGAAAGUCUGCUGUAUCCGAUUAAGUGGAUGAUUUAAUUCAUGCACUAUGCUUCCAUAAUAAAUUUCAUGAUUUUUCAAUUCGCCUUCUUCCGUUUCCCACAAGAAAAUUUCGUUGGCGGCAAAACAUUUUUUUCAAAAUUUUUUUUCAUUUUGCCUUUGGGAGAGAUUUGUGUCGCUAGAAUUGCAACACGAUAAAAAAACGGUCGCCUAUAACGUCUCACAGACGUGACUAUAAAAACCCCGACAAAAUCAAGAGAAAAAUCGUUCGGGAAGUUUCUCGUCGGUUGCAAGCGAAACGGUUAAGUGGAAAACGGGCUUAACUGUCAUAUUUUAGGGACUGUUAUUUUUCCAUCAGGUCGUAAAAUUUCAAAACGACCUUGGAAGCCGGGAUUUCGGAGCCUAUGUAAUAUUCACACUGCACUACGAACAAUAUUGUAAUUUUUUUCUCAAUUGCAAUAAAAACAAUUACGCCUUUUGUCUUGUCGUAUCGCUCCCUUGCUAAGCAAUUAGCGCUGUUUGUGCGCUGUUUCAAAGCGAGCCAAAAAUUCAAUGCCCAAAUUCGAAACUAGCGAACGUUCGCGAAAGUCUAUAUAGGUGACACAAUGGCGUAAAGAAUCGUUACUCGCAAAAACUGUUGUAUAAAAUUUGGCGGUCAUCAGGCGAAUCAACGAUUCCGCUUAAGCACUGCAGAAAAGAAUAAUAUAUUAAUGGCGCAUGCCAGAUGGUUUUCAAGGUCAAUUAAAGUCAUAAUAGCGUCGAUUCUUAGUUGCGAAUUUAAUUGCAUCCUUCAAUAUCCUGUACGAAUGCGAUAUGCGCGCAAAAUACAACUACGCAUAAAAUUAUGUAUAAAUUCCAUAUCUGCACGCUUUCAAAAACAAUAUAUGAUUUAUUGCAUGUUUAGGCAUAGAUCUAAAGGUUUUGUUCCGAGUAUACAUGGGCCAUUAACAUUGCAAUAAGCGUUGUCUAGCGCAAUUUGCAAAUUGUUUGCGCGAUAUAUAGCAUUGUGCGGUGCGAGAGGUUGAACUUAAUUAAUAUGAAAGAGGGCGUCUAUAUAUAAUUCACCUGGCUUUUCUGCCAGAUAUGUGUCAAAGGAAUAUAAUAUAUUUCACAUGCGCUCGGGCUGACACGAACAUUAGCGCGCAAGGUCUCUACAGCGGAUCGUCGUAAACGUGUUUCUGCGCAGGGGUAUAUACUACUUUUGAUAUCCGAGAACAUUUUCACCGCGAGGUAGUUGGAUUGAGGUUGUAUGUAUAUGUCGAAACAUACAUGUAUAAACACAUAUUAUGGCAUCCAUGUGACUUAUACGUGUCAUCAUAUGUGAGUGGAGUGCUUCUGUGCGUACGAGUAAGUCACAACGUCCUGAGUGCAUUGUGGUUAUCUCUUACAACCUGAUGUUCCGUGCAAUGCACUAUAAGGAAUUUAAGCAACGAAUACGCAGGCAGCUUGGAAUGAAGAAGCAUCGAAUACUGCGUGAACACGCGUCCAUAUUAGAGCGAAAUACCUUCCCCGGUCACCGGCACUCGGAGAAAACACAACAACUCAAGCGGGAAAUAGACACGGAGCCUCAUGGAAAAAACCAAGACCAUGCUGGAUCUGGCGUACAGCAGAACAAUCACGUUCAAAAGGUUUUGUAUUCAAACGAAAUAAACAUAUUGUAUAUGGUCAACGAUAUGCGGUAUUCAAUUGAAUAUAUUUUACAUUUAUAUACAUGCAGCUAUACAAAACUUCGUCAGCUAGGGAGCAAUCAUCUAACAUAUCUUCCCAACCUCAUAUGUAUGUUUCAGAACUCUUUACAGCGAUCGGUCAUGCAAUCCCUCUAAACCGCACUUAAACUUAUGCCGUUGUUUUUUUCGCGUUAAAACGGAACGCAAGAAAUCAUACGGCUUUGAGAGCGGCUAUGUAUUAACGAGUACAAAUUGUCUAAAAGCAAACGGAGGUCGGAUAAUGAAUGUAAGUGGUUGCGAAGAGCAACGACGUCCAACUCAUCCGGUCUAGAAUAUAUAUACAACGAUGACAGAUAUUUUUACCGUUUCUAUUUUCACACAAGAUGCUUAUCUUCAACAUGAAAGCUAACGAUAAAACGAUUACAGUUGUCGCUAAAUUUUCAAUGGGGUAUACUGGUGCAUGCAUUCAAAUAUAAGGGUUUCCUAUGUCGCCAAUUUGUACUUGAAUGCCUUUUCUAAAGGCCAAAGCCAGCAAGCUUGCUCGAUUUGUUUUGUUUUUCGUUCAAUUCUCCGUUUCCAAAGCACCGUAACGCAGGCAGGUGCAUAUAAUUGUUUGCUUUCCUCUUUAAAAUUUGCGAGAAAUAUUAAAGUUUGAUAUGAACUGCAGCGAGUUUUCUGCCGCACAAACGCACUACGAAUUUCUACCCUCAAACUUCGAAGGUAGUCUAAAUUUCUUUUCUGCACUAUUAAUCCCGAUAUUCAGUUAAUAUUGUAUGUAAUUUAACUUGCCAAUAAAAGUAAUAAUAUAUCUUUGUCUGAAUGACAUGCAUGCAUGUGCAUAGAAUGAUCCAUAAUCUGCAUAAAAAACACUGUAACUACAGCUGCUUUUAAAGACAGGAAAAUAUACGGAUGUUAGCAGAGAAUUUCCAAUUUUUAUAAAAAGAAAAACGUUGGUUAAUUUUAAACGAAUUGCAAUUUUAAAUUUGGCUAUGACAAAACUUGCAUAAAUUUGUAAAAAAAUAUCAAAUUUGUGUUCACAUUCAAAUAUACUAAUACCCACCUUUAAUUUAUAGAAUAUUAUUUGUGCUGUAGUCUUUAAGAUAGGAAACGAGAGUGCAAAUUAAGCGAUUUUUGUAACGAAUUUUUAAGGUCAGGGUGGUUCAGAACUUUUCUCAUCUUGUUUAAAAGAAAGAUGACCGUUUGCCGGAAAGUUCGCGAAAUAACGAACCGUUUGUGUGGGACAAAACGUCCUAUAGGUUUGAAAGCAUGCAGGAUGUAUAAAGAACUCGGUCGGCCAACUGUGCAUGCCGUUUGUGAACUGCGUUUGUGAUGUGUUUGUGAACUGCGAAGAAUUUUAGUUAUGAUUAGGUAGAAUAAAAGAGAAAUUGGCAAUUAUAAGGUCUAAAAUCAAAGGAUAACUUCGUUUCCAAUUGUCAAAUAUUUAGAACCGCGCUACCUAUAUUGAAUGAUAAAAUUUCUGAGCAAAGUCCCAGAUGUCUGUAUUUACUUUUAGAUUUCGAAAAUUAUACUCGCUGCGUUGUCAGCCAGUGUGGGCUUUAAGCCUUUAACUCGAGAUUUCAUUGACAUGCAGUAAAGUCUUAACCGUGCGGUCAAGAGGCAAAGUUAGCUCUCAUCAACUUAGCUUACGAUUGUAGGGACAUUUCACUUCGGUACACGUGCAUCAUGCAGUAUCAAGUCCUGUCAAUUCUAACUUAGCUUAUAGGUACAAUUUUCAGUAUAUCAGAUAACAGUAGUUUUACGCCACACGCAGAUUAUUAACAUAUAGUGUACUCUUGUAAGUCAAGUUACAUGCAGCUUCCGUGUUAGAAUGUAGUUUUUGUACUUUUAAACGGUAUAAAUUAUGCAUGUACCAGCAAAUUAGACGCCAGAAAAUAAUGAAAAGGAUUAAAAAGUAAAGAUUUUGUAGACAGUAUUUGUCUACUUUGCCUUGAAUAGAUGUUAAUUAUGCAAAUAGACAAUCUUCGCCAGGCUUAUUUUGAAAUGUCAAUGACAAAAUUAUGACAUGUCUUUCAUACAUAGCUAUAUUGCAUACCCAACCAUAAAAAUUUUGAACUGAGAAAUUUCAAGUUUUGAAGAUGUGUAUAAAGAAAUGUCAGAGUGCACUGUGUAUUGUUUGUGCGGAUGCAAGCAUAUAGCAUAGAAAUAUAGACAGAAUAAUAAUUGUCUACUAUGCCUAUGAAGCAUGGUUAAAAAAUGCCAACGGCUCCCAUUUUAGCCGACUCACUGCAGCAUUUAAAUAAAGUUAUGCACGUGAAAGUAUGCAGCUAGUUGAAUAAGCCUCACGUGAUUCACCGCGUACGUUUUGCCAUCUUUGACUUUGGUAUAAUUUCUAUUUUUUUGCUAAUAACAAGAGCUAAUAACCGUUUGCUCUGAGGUUUAAUCAGUGGUUUCGAAACUGCGUUUAAGGCCCAAUUUACCUAUCGUUGUCUACGUCUUUAUAGGCUGCAACCAAACUCAUUAUAUUUCGGACAACUCGUAUGGCUAUAUAGACUAUAGUUACUUUUCCAGUGCAAAGAAGCAAAAAUUAGAACAAAAUAUCAGUAUAGAAGUGUUGUAUGAAUAUGCAGUAGUCUUUGCAUGUCCUAUAUGGCUAUGUAAAUAGUAGAAAAAGUUACAGGAUAUUUAGUUUUUGUGAGGCAAACACGUAUGUAUAUCGGCCUUUUUAAAUAUUUAUUCAAAAGUCCCAAAUGGCGAAUCAUGCAUCAAGUCAGGGGCGUUUUUUUUCGCUCUAACAAACAAAUCCUUGUUCAAAAUCACAGCAUUUGUUGAAUGCAAAUUUUUAGUGGGCUCGCACAGGUUUAUUAAUAUACAAAUGCAAUUUGAAGCCUUAUAGCCCACGUACAGGAUGACAUUAUCGCCUCAUGCACGUACAUAACGACGUUUUAUCUCAACGUAUAAUUAUAAAUGAUUUUGCCGCCGUUUUGUUCUCGAAAAAGCAACCGACACGCAAAAAGUAGUACACAUGCAACCUUCGUUUCACAGGACACUUCAUGUAAGCAUGUUUACUUUUUCGUCAAAAUAUUUUAACCUAUUAAAGUUAAACUCAUAUUAGUAAUAGGUUUAUACAUUCCAACAAAGUUUAAGAUCUUGUUAAGGGCAAACACCUAUUUGGUCAAUGCUUACAAAGAAACCUCAGGAAUAAUGAAUUAACCACGAAAUUGCUAGCCGGUUAAUUAUGAAUGCUAUAUGCAAAGUCAGACGUCUGCAUCUGACGUUUAUAAAACAACAACAUCGUUUCCCAUAUCGAUCGUGCGCGCAUCAACGAUUUUUCGUUAAUCGCAUAAAUUUUUUACAGUCAAAAAAGCUUCCGCUUUAGGUGCGAUGGGAAUCUUUAGAAUCAAACAACGGAAGGCACUAAAAAUCAUUACGUGAUUUGAUUAAACAACACCCCACCGAGAAGUAUUUCUUAGAAAUAUCUGAUAACACGAAAUCUCCAAACUGUAAUUUUUAUCCACGAUUAUAUUUGGGCAUCCAGAUUACCGCUUGCAUGCAGUGAAACACGGAUUCUUAGGAACGCGUGGUAAUUUUUAAAACUGCAUAGUAAAAACUGCUUUUAAACCUUUUAUAGUUCCUUGUUUUGCAAAGAGCUAUAUAAAAAUACUACAGAUACCGUUGUAGUAAUAGCACUGUUAGUAAUACAAUAGUCAUAUGUACAAAUUGCUAUUAUUCAAAAAGGAUAAAGGGAACAAUCAUUGUAGUAAAGGCAUAUCAGUAGCCUUAAUUGUGGGAAUACUUUUGUCACUUUCUAAUGGCUAUGCAAAUUGUUUGCAUACAACCUCUUUUGACGUUUCGAGUUUUUGUCAGAAUUUUUCCCACGAAGUUACUGAUAUGCUAAACGAAAUACUUAUAUCAUUUCUAUCAUUAACAUUCAACUACAUGCAACUGUCUAUUUGCGAUUCACAAUAUAACAAUCAGCAAUAGUCCAUUCACACGUUCCGGCGUUGUAAGCAUGAGUUAUAUUUUGUGGUUGAACUGACAUGGCAUCGUUGUCAUUUUUUACACUUUUACAUUUUUCAUGCAUGCAUGUUUCUGUCAACAUUGUGAUAAAUAUUUAAUUGUGUUGUUGUAGCUACUUAAGAGCAUGAAACGUAGCCUUUCUGUUAUUAUUGUCAGUAAUAUUAUAAAUACGUACAAGUAAUGUAAGUCAUAGAGUAUUGAUAAAAGUUGUUACAAAACUGUGAAGAUGUCAUGUUCCAGUUGCUUGCUUUCACCUCGCUACAAGAUUUCCGAUGUACCGAAAUUCACUGCACCGCUGGUAAAGAAGCAAGAGAACUUUAAUAUCAAUGUGGAAAACAAACAAAAUAUCCGGCAUGAUCCAAACGGAUUUGUUCUUCCGCUCACACCAAGUUUUUGCAUCAAAACAUUUGGUGACAAAUUGACGACAUUCGAGCAGGCAGAAAUCUUGGAUUAUCCUGAAGUGUGGUUUUUAGGCUUAGAAGCAACGAAAAUCGAGGGGACACCGGGCAGUCCCUGCAAUAAUGGAUAUGAUGAUGAACACGGCAGCUAUAAACGUGUGACUAGAGAUCAUCUUAUGUAUCGAUAUGAAGUGUUGGAUAUUCUUGGAAAAGGAUCGUUCGGUCAGGUUUUGAAAGUUCUUGAUCAUAAAACUGGCCAAUAUCUGGCGGUUAAAAUAAUCCGAAACAAAAAAAGGUUUCACCAGCAGGCGUUAAUUGAAGUUAAAAUUCUGGACAACUUAAAAAAGAAGGACAGAGAAAACAAUGUUAAUGUUAUUCACAUGAUAGAACAUUUUUACUUCAGAAAUCAUUUGUGUAUAACCUUUGAACUAUUAGGAUUAAAUCUAUAUGAACUGACAAAAAAGAACAAUUUUCAAGGAUUUAGCCUGUCCUUGAUUAGAAAAUUCGCCUAUUCAAUACUCCAAUGUCUUAAAGUGGUUCACAGUUGCAGGAUCAUACACUGCGAUUUGAAACCGGAAAAUAUUUUGUUAAAAAGCAAAACUCAUUCAGCGAUCAAAGUUAUCGAUUUUGGAUCAAGUUGUUACGAAAAUCAGAGAGUUUACACGUAUAUUCAAAGCCGAUUUUACAGAUCACCAGAAGUAAUACUAGGAAUGGCUUAUGGCACGCCCAUUGACAUGUGGAGCUUUGGAUGCAUCUUAGCCGAACUCUACACAGGUUACCCAUUGUUUCCUGGUGAAAAUGAAGUUGAUCAACUUGCUUGCAUGAUGGAGGUUCUUGGUUUACCAGAUGCUAAAUUCCUGGAAAAAGCGUCAAGAAGGCCAUACUUCUUCGAUUCAAAAGGUUUACCAAGAUGCAUAACCAAUUCUAGAGGGAAAAAACGCAGACCUAAUGCCAAGGAUCUAAUAAGCGCCGUUCGAUCAAACGACCAAAGUUUUAUCAAAUUCUUAUCCCGCUGUCUUGAAUGGGAUCCAGCGAAACGAAUUACAGCGGGCGAGGCGCUGAAGCACAGCUGGGUUUUGGAGGGUUUUAAAAGAGCGCAGGACGCUACUGCAAGCGCAUCACCAUCAAGCCAUCAUUUCACAUUACUUCAUCAAACCAAACAGAGCAACCACAAAGAUGAAACAAAGAACACUAACGCUUUACAAGCUGCCUCGAGAACGAAGCAAAACAAUCAGGAACAGAGAAAAACACAACAGGGAAGUGACUAUAUCACGGCGUUUAAGCUAGGAAAGGAUAUUUCUCGUGCAUCAACAAGCAAUUCAUCCAAACGAUUGCGGGAGGAUAGAAGGACACAGAGUCGUAGGCAUGAUGACGAUAAACUAACGCCAGAUAGAGACGGAUCAUUGGUAAUGCAGGAACCAGUGUUUCUGCCACCGAUUAAAUAGGUUCUUAAAGAGAUCUAGGAAUCUUAAAAUGUACUUAUGUCAGCGGGACUGAUUUGUCAAAUGUUUGUAUAUAUUAAUAUCGUGUACAGUUGUAUGUACUGAAGUAUUAUGAAGGACGCAAUAGACGCUUCCCUUUAUGCCUAGCGCGCGAUUCGUGAUGGUUGUUGAUUUGACUCGUGUUCGCGUUAGAGAGAACUUGUUUAGCAAAAAAGAUAAAAGGUGCUCCUGAACACCGCGAUAUCGCAACUACCGUCAUGCAUUGUGCGCUCGCAAGAUAAAAGGGGAAAGGUCUAUUAGAAUGGCACGGUACUCUGAUUAUAAAACCAGGGUUGACUGUAUUUUAUGUAUAAAAAUUGAGUUAGCAGUCAUAGGUAGAGUGAUGCUUCGGGCAAACUGCCAAAACUGCAUUAUUCGUUUUUGAAGACGUUUUGCAAGCGUCCCUCCUUGCUUCAAUAUGAAAAUUUCCUUCCUUAAAACAAUCUUUCUCCAUUUUCCCACGAAAUAUCACAAUCCCCCAAAAUGACAACAAUCCUCUCCCUGUAACCCUCGUUUCUAGUAAGACAAUCAUUCUGUGUUACAAUCUUCGACAUGACAGUCUUUCUUCAGCCCCUCUCUACAAUACGUCAAUAUCCUUCAACAUCUUGCUACCCUUCAACACCAAGGUUACUCUUCCCCCAUGCAUGCCCUGUAUAUAUAGUAUUGUAACUUGCUCAUUUUUGCCUGGAAAUUUUCCAAACUUAUACCUCUCACAUUGAGAGAAUACUUAUUUAUUAUUUUGUCUGAUUUGUCAGAUGCACAGCAAAUCAAUUGUAUCUAUUUAUUCUAAAGGCGAACUACAAAUAAUAUUCUAUUCUUGAAGCAGCACUGUAUAUGCAAAAGUGAUUGAUGUCUGUUUGAAAGCAAUCCAUUUAAUUAGUAUACAAAAUUAUUUCACUUCACAAAAAUCUGCACUUGUGAAAUGAACUGUUCGAUUUAAGUUAUUUACACCUACAAUUGGAAAUGCUUGUAAAAUUAUGUUAAAAGAAAUGAAAAAAGGUAGCAUGUCUUGGGGUACUGGAAGUGGGCCUAGCACCACCAGAGCUGUUAGGAUUACCAAGGUAUGAAUUAUUUGCCUAAGCACUACACUUCAUAGAGUAUGUGUAACUUUUGUAAAGAUAAAUUGCUGUGCAAAUAAAAACUGCAAUAGUGGUUCAA